AUGCCUUUAGGUUCCGGCCAAAAAGGCACCGGCAAGAAGAAUGCCGCGGCCAUGCAGAAACAAAGUCGAACGUCGACCCCGGUACCGCCACCAACGGCGAGCCUUCCAGCGCAGGAAGCCUACGAUCCCGACUUCCUCAAUGCUAGGGUUAUUCUGUUCCAGAAUGCUCUUAGUUACGAUGAUUUAAUUGAUGCCAACAUGUCAAACGUCACCGUUCCGGAUUCCCGAAGCGUCGAUGCCAUGCUUGCUAAGCUCAAGGACUUGGUAGAUGUCAUGGAAAAGCGAUCCAGUUUCUACGACAGAGGGAUGAGAUUCCUCGCAGACGAACGUAAAAAACGACCCGAUGAUUACGCCGCGGACGACCAUGAUACUGGGAAGCGCCCCAAAAAUCCCAAGAAGAACCGGAACCGGAAUUCCGAUACCCUAGCACCACCCACAGAUGGGAAUAGCCAAGGCCGGUCAUCACCCAUUUCCAAGGGCAAAAAUUCUCGUGGCAAUGAUUCUGCGAGUUCAUCACUUUCGCCAGUUGCAGCAGGGUCCCCAUCAGCCAUGGAGGUCGAUGAGAAACCUAAGAAGGAAGAGAACGAGGAAUCUUCAAGUUCAGAUGACGAAGGUGCACCUCCCAGACGGGAGAUGCCCCAGGCGCAGACAUUUGGAGAUGACCCCUCAACCUUCCCCGAUCCCACCAUUUACGAGAUCCGAGAUGUGCAUUCUGGCAUGUCAGAGGAGGAGAAGAAGGAGAUAUUCUCCGUGGCCGUCUACCCCCGUAGUGAUCUUGCCGAUUUGAUCGCGGGUGAUCCGCCGGAUAAAGAUUUCAGCAAUGCGAAGCCGAACAGUCAGAUCAAUUUCUCAACCUUCUCGACUUACAUUGAACCAUUUUUCCGACCAUUUGGGGAAGAGGAUUUGGGUUUCUUGCGUGAGCGAGGCGACCGCGUCACGCCUUUUGUAAUGCCUAACCGAGGCAAAAGGCACUACACGGAAGUGUGGGCAGCAGAGGAUGAUGGAGCGAUGGCCAUAGACUCCCCUCAGCAAGGGCGAGACAAGAUACCCUUCAACCAACCUCGGGGGAAUAUUGAGAACAUGAACGAUAGCGUGGCCGAAACCGAUGGGCUGUCCAUUGGACCUUUAGCAUCGAGAUUGCUGCAAGCUCUACGACCAGAAAACAGGACGCAAACGGACGAGAGGCCAGCAACCAAUGGCGUCACUAAUGGCGAUAUUUCCAUGAAUGGCGAUGUCAACGGGGAUGGUCAGAACGGGGAAGAAAAAUCAAAUCCUCUGCCUCCCGCAACCUACAUGCCAGAGUCGUCAACAGAAGCUUGGAAGAAAGCCACGCAUCCCAAACUUGAGUAUCCCCAAGUUGAGGAACGUCUUAAGCAGGAGCUGAAAUAUAUUGGAUUCCUUCCGCAAGAGGGAUUUGAUGGCGACUACGACGGGGCGUUCGAUGACGAAGUAGCUGGAAGGCUACGAGUCCUACAGGCGCGACUCAAGGACCAAAUGUUGAUCAACGGAGCGCGCAAGGCGAAACUCACCGAGCUUGUCCGAGAGCGUAUGGCACAUCAAGAAUAUUCAACCAUCCUGGAAGAUCUUGACAACCAAGUCCAAGCUGCCUACACAAAGCGUACACGGACAAUGGGGAAGAACAAGAAGACCAAGCGUCCUGGAGGUGCAGGAGGCGGCAGUCAUUUUGUUGGUUCAGGAGCAGCAGGCACUGCGCGACCUGGUAUCGGUGAUCUGACCAAGACUUUGAUGGAACGCCGCAAGAGGUGGAUCAACACCAUUGGUUCUGUGUUCACGGAUGAGACGGUCCGCAAGGUCCCCAGAACCGAAGACCCGGAUAGUUCCAUCUUCAAGCCGAAUGAGGUCGCUGAACUCACCAAGAGGGAGAAGGAGCAAUGGGAUGAAGAGGUUGAAGAAGAAUGA